CUCAACACGUCUAAUUUCCCAACGCACUACCACCGACACCAACGUAAUACCAAUCCGAAGUGAACGCUCCUGUAUUCGCGACUGCCGGCAGCUGCUUCUUGACGACACUCAAUCCUCGCGCACGACCUUGAUCACGACUCCACGCUCACGCCCUCGCGCACAUCCACGCGCAUCACCUUCGCCACCCGCACAACCCAUCCCCCACACCCCUCACCAUGGCGCGCAACUCCGAGAAGGCGCACUCGAUGCUGUUCCGCUUCCGCGCGGCACAAGCCGCCGAAGCCGGCAUAAUCGACAUCUCGCGCACGCGGCGCCCGAAGCUCAUAACAGGCGUGACGCAGAUCCCCGUGUGCGAGAAGUGGCGCGGCCAGGUGCUGAAAGAGAUCAGCCGCAAAGUCACCAAGAUCCAGGACGAGGCGCUCAGCGACUACCAGAUCCGCGAUCUCAACGACGAGAUCAACAAGGCCAUGCGCGAGAAAUACAUGUGGGAGAAGCAGAUCCGCGACCUCGGCGGGCCGAAUUACAUGCGCGGCGGCCGCGUGCUGGACGAGGAGGGCCGCGAGGUGCCCGGCGGCGGGAAGGGGUACAGGUACUUUGGGCGCGCGAAAGACUUGCCGGGCGUCAAAGAGCUGUUUGAGCGGCAGGAGCGGCCCGAGGACGACGAGGGCGCGGCGCAAGGGCGCGAGAAGCGCAGCGAGUUGCGGCAGCGCGUCGACGCGGGGUACUACGGGUAUAAUCUGGACGAGGAGGACGGGGUGCUGCUGCGGUACGAGCAGGAGAAGGAAAAAGCCGCGUGGAAGGAGUUUCUCGCGCUCCCGGACGAUCUGCGCAAGGGGAAGAAGGUGGAUGACUGGGUGGAGAUUCCGGGGGAUGCGGGGGAUGGCGUGCGCUGGCGCGUGCCGACGCUCGAGGAGGUCAAUGAGGAGCUGGUCGAGCGGAGACGGAGGAAGUUGCUUGAGAAGCUGGGGUAGGCGGUGGGUCUUCGAUGACGCUUCUCGGUGACACGCCUCGGUGGGAUGCAGAUUCGGCCGCUGCAGCUGUGGAAUGCAGCUUUGUACGCUAGGAGGACCGCGACGACGACUAGACUGAUACCCGCGCUGAGUAAUCGGCGGUCUGGAAGGGCACUGUAACAACGUAGUUUCUUGUGCGAGCAAUGAUAUUGAUUCGCUGCCUCAUAUACUAGUCUAAGUGUUCCCCGCUAUCGAUCUUAACCCCUGUCUUAGUCCCCUUCAACUCGCGCAAAAUCGGACGUAGUGCCAUUCUCCCGAUUGAGGUGCAACGAUGUGUGUAGAUGACAGUUUCAUAUCUGACACAGCAAAAUAUCAGGGAAUUCAAGCAAUCGAGC